GAGCUAUCCUUACUAACUUCAGAGCAGCAGCAGCAGCAGUGGCGGUGGUGUUGGUGUUGGUGAAGUUUGGAGAGGAAAAUAAACCUCCGUGAACGACUGAGAAACUCAAGAAACACCAAUCUGACUCAGGCUAAAGCCAGGCAGCCACCAUGGACGAUUUAGGUGAGCAAGAAAGUUUAUUAAAAAUAUAUUUAGUGUUAAUAAAACGUUUAUGAGAAGCGGACAGCAGGGUGGAGGAGUUAACGUACGACAAGAGUUGGUGUUGAAAAGACACUUUCUGGGUCACCUUACUCACACUAAGGUGUCUGUUUUCAGUCUGAAUUGUCUCUGCAGACUUUUGCUUAAUGACUCUCGGGUUGAUUUCACAUUUUAUCAUCUUCGUUGAAAAAAAAGCAUCGUAGUAACUUAGCGGUUUCGCAUCGCUAGCCUUCACCACCUCCUCCUUUUAAACUCUCCCUCUCUGCAGCAGCAACGUCUACAUUUCUGAUAACCCAAGGUCCACUUUUCCUGCUCUUUUAGAGGAAUUAAUCUUCAUCAGUUUGUACGCUUGAGGGAGGACAUACUUGGCUGACUUUUUGACACCGAGCUUUUGCAUUACCUCCUCAACUUUUGCCCUCAGGCUGUUCAUUCCAGCUUUGAAGUGUUUGGAGUCAACAGGCCUCCUCCUCAUUUAGACCUCUCACUACAGCACAGAGAGCCCAGCCUGCUUAUGGAUAUAUCAGCAGUCUGAUGGAGCACACUUUACUGGCACUGAGACUCAAUUAUGGACCCUAAAAUCAACUGUGUAGUCGUUUUUACAAGUGGAGAGCAUGGAUAGAAUAGAAUGAUCUGUAAAUGUAGUGUGUAGUGAAUAUUUAGUGGCCAUAGAGUCAAAUUAGAAAGAAGAAAACUAGUGAUGCUCUCAUGUAUCUGCUGGGAAAUAGUUGAUAUUAACAGGUUAAUUGGAGUAACCAUCAUUUAACCGCACCUGUUAAUUAAUAGCAAGAUUGUACACUCAACAUUUUAGAAUAACCCUACAUUUUAUAGGGGUGGGGAAAAAACCAAUUCACAGAAGUAUCGCCAUUUUUUGUUUUACAGUUUUAAAAUGAUUUUUAUGUUCAAAAAUAGAUUUUAGAAUAAAGUUCCUUACACACCGAGACCAAUGCAAAUGUACGACGCGAAAUUAUGAAAUAUUUAGAGGCGAAUUUUGAUGUGCCUGACUAUACACAUAAGACGCGUCCCGGGUGGAAGUGAGAAGACUGACCCAACAGCAGACUGAGUGUUUUUCAGUUCUGAUUAGACUCUAGUGUUGAGAUGUCUGUCUGUCAUGAUAGCAUGUACUGAGUCGGGGCCAGUACCAGAUAAGAACAGUAAACUAUAAUCCAUAAACGUAAGGUAACAACUGAGACCUAAUGGUGCUGUGACAGCAACGCUGUGAUUGAGUUUGAGUUUACAGUGAAAAUACAUAUGGUAUGUUGUAUCUGAACAGGUUAGCUUACGAGUUAAAGUUACUUAGCACAGAUGAAAGUUAAAACAAAGACUUUUAGCAAACUGUUAAAGCACACAAACCAUCGUCAUAUGAGAAACCCGACGCUAUGACUCUCCACAAGUUGUCCUUCUAGUCGUUAUCUUUGUAAUGUUUGUGUUUUUAUGAAAAAGCACUCUGUUCUCAAACGCGUAAACAAUCAGCAGGUCGGCCAUGUUGGAUAUACCAGUGGAUCAGACGAAAUAAUCACACGAAAAAAAACGCUCCCGGUGUGAAAGGACCUUAAAUCUUAAGAACUGACUUACAUGUGAUUUGUGUUUUUUGGGGAAAUAUGGAAGAAUCACAAUUUAAAUCAAAUUGGCAUCCAAAAAAAGCAUAGAAGAAUUGAAGCAGGAGAAAAGCACAUCAUCCCAUUUUAUGACUGUUUUUACUUUCUCUUCCCCCUCACUCUUGAUUUGUGUCGAUCCCUGUAGACAAAGUGGUUUUUCCUUCAGUGGUCUAAUCCAUCUCUCAUUAUUAGUUUUUGCAGAUGAAAAAGGCAGUAUUAAGGGUUAGCUGUCGAUCACUUGUUAUGACACUUAUUCUCUAUGUGGGUUCACACUUUUUACAUAUUUCACACCACCAGCACAGACACAGUCACCCUUCCCGUUAAUGGUUACUCUUUUAGGUCACACAGUGGCAUUAAUACUGAUCUUAGUCUUUUUUGUAUUUCCAGCUAAAUAAUAAAGACUUUGACUUUGUUUUUUCCAAUGGGCUCCUAUAUAUCACCCUUCUUAUAAUGUCAGAGGCUCUAUCAACAGUAGCUCUUCUUGGUUGUGGGUAAAAGUUGGAUCAUGAGUAGUCAUUGUUUGUCGCUGACCUUGUCUGGUCUUCCUGUUGGUUUCUACUACAGGAACUAACUCUUUGUCAGUGCAGAUAUACAUCAGUGUCUGUGCCUCCCAGAAUAAUUCUCCCCUAUUACAUAGUAGACAGAUUUAAUAAUUUACUCCCACAUUGAUCAUAACUUUCAAAGUGAAACUCACAGUAGUGUUAUGUUUUUCAUAAAGUUCCUUCAGUGUCCACUUGAGGCUGUCUCCAAACGCUCAUGCAACCCUCACACAUGAGCACAAGUUAAACUGACCUUUUUUACCGCCUAUUCAGGCCUGUUUACAGCCUGGUUAAAUGGCGGAUUGAGUCUGAAUGGGUCGUCUAAGGUUGGCGCGUUGUAACUGCUUGUCAGGCAGCAAGACUACGACCUCGACUCCACCUCUUUCCGAAAAGUAAGUCAGCAAUUCCAGUAACAAUGGUGACUGUCAUCAAAUGGUGCCGUUAAACAAUGGGUGACAUAACAAAGGGAGUGAUUACACAGAAAUUUCUUCAAUAGGAAAUGAUGCAUAAUGGCUGUUCCUCUAUAUCGAAAUACUAUUGAUCUGUUUAACUAUUGACCUGGCAUGCAUGCUGCAGUGUUUGGGUCCCUUCAUGUGGAUCCACGUGUCGAGGAUUGUUUUAAAUCACAGAAGAAACUGUUCAGUUAAUCAGCAUCACCACAAACCAUGAAUUUACUCCGACUACAAACCCACUCUGUCCUUGUACAGCUCCGUCCCGUCUAUCUGCUCCAUCUAUUUUUUGUGCCGCACUAACCAGCCACCUUUUCGGUGCACUGACCCUUGACCUUUUGCACUGCACCUCUGAACUUCUAAUUUUGUUGUUAUAGUUUUAACCAGCUGGUCACUUCUCUAUAUUUACUUUGCUAAUUCAGGGUAAAUCAUUUCCAAAGCCGCUCUGGUGAUGCCCUGAUACUCCACGAGUCCAGAGGCAGUAAAAUGGAUUUGCGGAUUGUUUAAGUGGAAAGAUGAUGGGCUGAAUUUCGAGUCUGGCUCGCUGUGAGAAUACCUCGCGGGCAUGUUAGAUGCUGGAGCUGCUACGGGCCGCUGAAAGGCCCGAUUGUUGGUGGAGAGGGAGCCUGCGGUCUGGGUGAAGCAGUGUGAACAGCGGGCUGAAGGAGGGGGCGAGGCUGCCGAGGAAUGUCGAACAUCACUCCGUGUCGGGGUCCAAGGCCAAAUACUCUCUGGGUCAUGACUCACCUCCCACCGCCGCCGCUCUCAGCUCCACGCAGGCUGUUGCUUUGGGUUGGUUUUCAUCAAACGUGGGUCCUCUGGUGAUUAAAAGAGAUUGUUGAAAGCGGCUCUGAGGUCUGACAAUCACAGGACGUAAAGUUAAUCAGCGUUCAAUUACUCUGUCAUAGAGACGUAAACUCACCCGUCAUGCUGCGAAUUUCUCCAACAUCCACUCUAAAUAUUCGAUAACAAACCGCUGUAAAUGUUUGUAAAUACUUUAUGGUCGGACUUUAUUGUAUUUCCAGUAAACCCCCCGCUAACAGCCCCCUCAGGCCCCUGGUUCAUCGAUGACUGACGGGUGUUCAUGGAGCUGUUUGGAAACCUGAUCAGACUUCCCUCUUCCUGUCCUCUGUCACUCUCUGUGUGUGUAUAUUGAUCUGCACACAUUUGUGAACACUCGAGGACUCGAGGAAGGGGAUUCCCUCGGCGUAGAGUGAGCGCUCUCCUGGUCUGUCCCUCUGACUCAGAGUUUUCCACGGAUCAUCUCCUAUAAUUUCAGACCAGGUGGCGGCCUGAGCGAGAUCACAUAGAGCAGCAGACUGUUUUUUUUAGCUUGUCCUGCUCCUGUGUUUGAUGGCUGUGAGGUAUGAAGGUCUCCUCUUGGGGAAUAUAACAGGACUGUGUGAGAUUCAGGAGGACCAGCGUCACUGCUGGGCUGUGGAGGACUCUCUGGAGCAGACGUGUCUCGUUGGUGGUUCUUGUCUUCUUGUUAAUUACAGCUGCAGCAUCAGCGUUUGAGCAGCAGCUGUGCACACGUGUGCUGCUGAAGUCAGUUACCUUUGCACCUAAUUUUGAGAGUAAAUUCUGUUCAUUUCUGAAAUAUGAGUGAUGAUGUUCCUCGGUUUGUGGCAGAUUUAGCUUGAUAUCAAUCUCUCUUGAAACAUAAAACCCUUUCUUAUUCAUUACUUACAAAUUUUGCACUAACAUGUUGAUGUAAAGCUAUAAAUGCAGCCUUUUACCCCAACAAAUAACUUUAAGGAAGAAAAUCUCACAUUAUAACAUCUCUUUCUCAUUUCUGGUGAAGAUCAUUGCAGAUAAUUGAGACGGAGAUCAUGUUUCAAGAUGAAUUAUAUCAAAAUUUUUAAACCACUCAUGCAUUGUCUAUACUUUUUUAUUUAUUUUGCCUUUUGUCUUCUUGUGAUUUAUGUUCCUAAGUGACUUAUAAUUCAGACUAACCCACUACUCAGAAAACAGUCAACUGCACAACUGAUGUGACAAAAAUGAAAUCCAAGAGUCUGCAAGUGAACAGUUUUCGAUCAAUCAUCAAAUAUAGUUAAAGCUAAUUAACCUUUGACCCUCUCUGCAGGGUAACAUCUGUAUACUUGUGCUGGUUGUACAUUAAGUGGUUUAGAUCUCACCUGUGCUUGUUUACAUACAGGUAGUAGAGCAUUACAGUAGGGCUGGGCGAUAAACUGAAAAUUUACUGAUACUGAAAUUUACGACAAUAACCAACGUCAUUUUGCACAAAUCGGUAUAUUUGGUGUUGAUUAAAUAAAUAAAUCAAAGUUGGUUUUGGAUGUGUGUAGGUAGGCUAUGGUCUCAUGUCCCUUUAAGAUGCUGUCCUACGUCAGAGACGUGACUCCACCCCAUCCAGUCUGUAACAAAGAGGGAAAGACAGGUGAGGAGAUGGAGGACGGUUCAAAAGUUGUAGCAGCUGAAGUAGACGAAGUUAAUGUGGGAGGGGGUGAGCAGCUUGUGGAGUAGUUAUCAUCCAUUUAUCGUUAUCGAGGUGAACUGAUCAAUAUAUCGUGAUUAGGGCUGCAGCUAUCGAUUAUUUUAGUAAUCGAGUACUCUAUCGAUUAAUCUGUCGAUUAAUCGAGUAAUCGGAUAAGAAAUGUUUUGCUCUCACUGUAAUACUUUGCAUUGAAUCACGUUUGCCUCAUUAAAAACCAUCAGUAACACACAAACUGAAAUAGGCCAGGUCUUUCAAAUGAAUAUUUUUACUGCAUAAAUCAGGAACCAAAAGUUUUACAUUUUACCAUGUAGUUCACAUGAAACUACUGAAGGCAAGGUCUGCAGAUGGUCUUUUAAUUGCUAUGGUAAUGAUCUUUGCAGUUUUCACUAAACCAGUCACAACUAUUUCCAGGCUUUGGAUCUAAGUUUACUUGUUUAAUUAAUAGGCUGAAAUAAUAUAAUUCUUGGAUACUAACAUAAUUUGACAAGCAAAUGUACAUUUAUUCAAUAUAUAAAAGUGUUACAUUUUUAUUUACAUGUUGUUGUGUGUUGGUCAUUUUGCAGCCCUCUGCUGCUCAUCACACGCCUAGCAGGUGGUGUAUAGCAUUAUCACCAUGGAUACACGGAUGUUUGUGUGAUUUUUUUCAUCCACUGCCGCCCGGUUUGUGUCGUGUAGAUGUUGAUUAUGAAAACACUUCACAAUAAUUUGGAAACGUGAAGGGGGAGCUGCUGCUGCCCGGUGUUUACGGUAAAUAGACGCAAACACCGACCAAGUGGACGCUUCGGUCUCCGAAAACGCCGAGACAAAUUUACAAACAGCCACUAUUUCAAACAACUGGGCUCAUAAUCGUGAUGUAAACACUUACUUUCUCGCUAGAAAAAAUAUUAUUAUUGAAUGAAUUUAUAUAAUUUGUCCGGUAUGCAGUCGUUCUAUGUAGCUUGUGGUAGGACUAUUUAAAUUUUCCCGGCGCUGCGUCCGGCCGGCACGAAAUGCAUUCUGGGGUAUUUAGUAUGUAUGUGUGUAAACGCUCGGGCAGCCGCGGCAUACUCAAAUCAUCUUUGAGUAGUCAGUAGGCAGUAGCUACUGCUUGAGUAGGUAAGUAGAUAGCAGGCAGUAUGCCAUUUCGGACACAGCUUCUGUCUGUCCUCGUUUCCCUCCAUGAUUGAACCAAACGCGCGGCAGCGGAAGGAGCGGAAAGAGCACGCUUCUGCGCAACAGAAAUAACCGUCCGUGUCAAACACCGUGCGCUGCACAUGGUUCCGGAUUUAAACGAUUCCUCGAGGCAUAUAAUUUGCCUCGAGGAAUUUUAUUAAUCGAGUUACUCGAGUUACUCGAGUAAUCGUUUCAGCCCUAAUCGUGAUAUUGAUUUGAGGCCAUAUCGCCCAGCCCUACAUUACAGGAUCAUGACAGCAGCCAUUAACCAGAUAGAUACAACCUUACUGGCGGCGCUACAGCUUAGGAACCACAAACAAACAGCAUUUUAUCCACACAGAAAUAAAAUUAUUAAUGCUUGAUUAAACUGACUCGUAGUUUUGGUGCACACAUACAGAGCUCCAGACCCCGAGAAACCCCAAAACCACAUACUCUCUGUGCCAGUUUGAUUAUUUAUUUGUGUUGAUUGAUUUUACUGCUAAUAAGGAUAAUAUAACAGAAAUUUGAUGGUUAAUUAUGACACAGUUUCUUGAAUAAUUUGGGACUCGUACUAAUCUUGUUUGGGAGUUGCCAGGGUGAGUCAGGGUUCAAAUCAGCUCCAUGUCUAUCUUCCUCUUUUAAUCAUCAUCAGCGCUGAAUCACCUCAUCAGGAUCUGACAGACUGUGUUUAAAGGAAGAGUCCAGAGCCACCCAAGGCCACACACUGAUAUGGUCUUAAUAAAGUCUUCUUUAUAAACUGUAUCAUGUUGUUGGAAACAGUCAGACUUCUUACAUGCAGAGACGCAGAGACGCGCUCAGAUUUUUGUUUUCUUUGAGGAUGUUGUGUCCAACGCUGCAGAGGAAAUAGAUAACAGAGAGAGCGGUGAACACAUGUUUUCAGUAUCAUAACAAUGAUCAACAUACCGAGUUAUUCCUCUGAUCCUCUGAGAAGAGCGGGUACGUUUGGAGUAACGCAGACUUUACCCCAAACAGUGUGAGUCACUCAGCUUUAUUAUGCAGAUCUGUCUGACCCGUAUCUGAAGCAGCUGUGAGAUUUCCACCUGCUGAACAUUUACUCUGUUAGUACAAGGUGACGGCCUUACAGAGGGGGGUCUUAGUCACCAGGCGGGGGUAAGCUGGCUCUCGUAGAAGCAGCGUGCUCUUAAAUGUUUACAGCGUUUGCACAGCAUACCAAAAGAUCUUAGAAGGUCUUUAGUGGUUUCUGUGUCCCCGUGUGUCCGCGGCGCAGAGUUAGUGUUACCAGACUAGCUAUCAUCACCCCGUGACUGCUGCAGGGUUACUGCAUACAUACCGGCCCUAACCAGCAGGCCUGCCUGCUCAGCUCUAGGGAAGCUCCUGACUGUAAAUCAGUCGUGUUCUCGUGCUCCACACCCAUCCUGCUCUGGGUCUGGGGAAGAGAAAGCUGCAUGGCUGACCUCAUCGCUUAGGCAACAGACCCUGCCCCACAUCCUGAGGAAACAGAGGGGAAAAACAAUGAGUGGAGUCAGAGCUGAAGGCCGCCAGCGAACGCUGAUAGAGUGGGCAGCUGUGGGCCUUCAGUCUGUGACCCUCUGCUGUCACUCACUCUGUUUUCCAUCUUUAACGCUGUUUCACCGCGUUGUUGUUACACCUUUCUCACUGCUGUUCCCUUCACUGUCAAACCCGGAUCAGAUAAACAGAGCUGAUUUAUUUCUGCUGACAUUUCUGAGGGUUAUUAUGUCUGUGAGGACUAAGACUAUGAACACCUGAGGGCAGGUUUUCAAACAGAGGAGCUCCAUGUCCGAGAGCAGGGCAGGAAAUCCCACUUCUGUUUAAUCUGAACUAAAUCCUUUCACUUUUACUCCUGAACCCACAGCUCCUCUUUGUUGAACAACACUUGGUUAAAAAACCGUAAAGCCUUUUCAGUUUGAAUGUGUCUACAACCUUAGAUUUAUCAUGAACUGUUUGAACCGUUUUAGUCGAUAUCAUCUGUUUAGAAACCCUGAUCCAUGAACCAGUCCUAUCUGUCAGUGUAUGAGUAUUUAGUCUAAUACCUGAGUGUGGACACAAACAGUUCAGAGCCGGUCUGAGGAAAGAAAAAUUGACUUUUGCACAAGUUUGUGUAUCAUGUAGGCGCUAUAAAGGAAUUUACUUUAGAGGUACAAGCAUGUUAUAAAUAAGUGUGUGAGUCUGUGUGAGUUUAAAGGAUGUGAAGAUGAAGACUCACUUUCAUAACAUCCAACAUUGUCUGGAAAGGAGAAGAAAAAAAGAACAAAAACUGAUUUUCUGCUGAUUUGUCCGUUUUUCAGUUCUGUGUUUCUUACUGACGUCAAAAGGAUUCAGAUUUUUAUCAUUUGGGAAUAUUCGAAUACAUGUAAUCAUUCAUAAAUGGGCUUAUUUCAUUCUUGCUCUGUUUAGUUUGAAGGAUUUAUUGAUAUUUUUCUGAUAUCGGGCUCUUUUGUUUGAGUCGUGUCUCAGUGUUAAACACAACAAAGCCUUUCUUUCAGAGUCUUCCUCCUCCGGCCCGGCGACUCUAUCUGACGGCACAAAAGCCCGCUCUCUGACAUAUGCUCCUCACACAUGCGUCGCUCUGAAAGUGUCCUCGUUGACUGGGCGUUACAUCAGUCCCCCUGAGACUUUCCCCUCUCGUCUGAUUUACUGCUCUCUGUGGGGAAGUGCUUUUAUUUUGGUGCGGCGUUCUCUCAAGGGGCGUGUCAUCUUUCGGAUAUGGGGCUGCUGGGUACGGUAUUUUUAGGAUUGUUUAUUUUGAAGUUUUAAAUCACCCGAAGAUGAUUCUGUGUGUCUGACUGGAGGCUGCUGUGACACUCAGCAGUAAUUGUCUUAUAACCAGAUGAUGUGUUUUUCUUCCACUUUACUUUAAAAUCUGUUUGCUAGUUAAUUUCUGUCAUUCACUCACAUUCUCCCUCUCUCUCUCCCUGGCAUCUCCCCCCUCCUCCCCCCUCUCCCCGGCCCCUGCCUGUCUUGUUUGAUAUAAAUAUCGUGUCGGGUUGGCCUGAUGGGGUAGGGUUUCAGCGUUGGGCUGCGUCCAGUUUCUGCUCUUUGCUCCCUGGCUAUAAACAGGUGAGCUGUGGACCCUGGUGGCCUGUCACCGUUGCCCACAUGUUAAUAGAAAAGCUUAGCCGCCCCCCCCUCCCUCGGUCCCUGCUUUCACUGUAGUCCUCGCUCUGCGGGAAAUGGGCAGUAAAAACAUUGACAUCUCCCUUAUCCUGGAAUUCAAAGCACGCUGUAGUUAGCGGAAUAGCUCCUGUAAUUGUCAACACAUUAUUUUCAUUUUCCUCUCUGACAGAUGAUGUUUUGUUUUCAUCUACAUUCCUCCCCCGGCUCUCUACCUAGAAUCAUAAAACCUGGUAUUACAGGAAUGUGUAGAUGUUUCAUACAAAGCGUCAUUUUAAUUCGGUAAGCUGGCAGCUUUUGUGCGCCCUUUAUAAGCCACCUUCCCUGUUUCAUUGGUUCCUUUCUGCAAAGUGGACACAGGAAUGUGAGGAAUUCCCCGUGCACCUUCGCUCCCAUCUGAUAAACACUGCAGGACUGUGGCACAGCCUUGGGUGGGUGGGUGGGUGGGUGCAUACUCCACAAGCAAGACAGUACAUGCACCCACCGCCACAAGAAUGUGUACAGUGUCCACAUAAGUUGAGAGUUGUUUGUUGAGUGUAAUGAGGGUUAUUUACCGCAGAGCCGCCACAGAUGCUUCCCCUGUGAAAGGGAAUCUGUGUUUUUGUUUGACUGAGGUUUGAUGAGUUCAUGUUGAAUUAUUAGUCGCAGUCAUAUCCUCCCUGAUGACAGCUUUAUUCCUCCAGACCGCGCACAAUAGCCCUUUGAGUCAGGAUGCAGUUAGAGCAGAAUUGGACUUUGUCCACGCCGGCUCUGACCCCCUGUCUGGAAUGGAAAAGAUUAGCCUGUUAGUUGGCUUACAGUGCAUGUUUGCAUUUGUAAUGCUCCUAACUCUGACUGACGAGGGCUUUUUGUUGGUUCUCCUGCCAGACUCAGUGCUGCCCUCCUGAGGGAGCUGAGCGAAGAAGAAGAAGAAGAAGACUUUGGUAGCAACUUAGAUUAGUAUCCUUUUAUGACCUGCAUCAGGACGUGAUAUUAAAGGGAUGAUCUGAACCUGAAGAUAGAAAGACUGACACCCUCUUAGAAACCCCUCAGGCUAACUUCAACAGGAUCACUUUUUUAAGGCAAAAAUUGUCAUUUUUUUAACCUUUAUAAACUCCUCUAUAUUGGAUAUCUUUUUUCAUUGUUUUAUGAAUAAUGCUUUGACUUCUAUAUAACGAUGAACACUGGUUUUUAUGGGUUUGAUAUUAAAUGUAGAUGAAAACCAGCUGAAAAUGGUGCUCAGGUGAACAUUUAGGCUUGGAAAAAUCUUGUACCAACCCUUUAAGAAGAAGAAACCAUCCCUUUAAGAGGAAUGUGAGCUGGAAAUGUUGGAUUUAGUUGUUGGAAAUAAGAAUUAUAAUCAGCUCAGACAGUAUUACAGCUUUAUUUCUGUCUCUGCCAAAUUAGAGCUGAAAUAAAGAGAAACUCAACUUUUAACUUUAACUAAACAAAUAAAUAAUUUUAGAUCUUAUUAUGUAUUUAUUUGGUUCUCCAACAAUUCAACAACCUUUGAAUCACACAGCUUUUUCUUUGGCUACAUGACAUUUGUACACAGGCUUAGUCUGAUAUUAAGUGAUGCUCAAUAUUGUCAUCAAAAUAUCAAUAUUUGCAGACAAAAGCUCAUGGAGUUAAUUAUCUGUUUUGUAGGGCUGUGAAGUCCGAGUCGACUGGUCGACUUUUCGGUCGAUACGAUCUGAGUCGACCAAAACGACUCGAUUGUUUUCCGUGUCAAUUUACAGUCUACGGUUAGUUUCAUCAGGAGGAAUGUACCAAGUACUGAUGGGUGUGUUUUCAGAGCACCCCUGUUUCACAGGUAACAGCCUGUCUCAGAACACCCCCCUUGUUUUCACCAUUAUGGAUUCGCACAACCCACUAGAGACCGGCUGGAGACCGGAAGAUUGAAAAGCGCCCAUGUUAAUCAACGUCCGGUAGUUUGCCGAAUAUUUAUUUGUUGUACGAUGCUUAUUUUUUUGUUUUAUUGUUUUAUUUUAUUGUGCUGAUAUCCAUAUAUUUUUGUUCCGCUGCGUAGGCUUCUGCGGCGGGGGACGUCAAAAUUUCUAACCUAUUUUGCACGUCGCACUGACGUCUAGAUGUGGUCUUUGAUGGACCGACCCAAUACUGACUUGAUCUGCACGUCUCCUUGACGUCGAAUGUUUGGUGGGAGGGUUUGCCGUCAGAGUCGGACCCCCGAUGAGUCGAUUUUUGGUCAAAAAUUUCAGGGUUUUAGUCGACCAGGAGUUUCUUUGGUUGACAUUUCCACUGAGAUGCAUGAUGCGUUAACGGUGGAAGAUGCAGGAACUUGCAGGUUUAAGUUGAACGUCAUGGAUAGGAGUUUGGGUCAGCAUUGUCCAAAAUGAGUGUGAAGUACUUUAUAUAGAGUGAGUUGCAUUAAAUGUUGUUUGUCUUCACUUUAUUCACCGACAGUUUCUGCCAUAAUCCAAACUUUCAAGUCCAGGGACGGCACACAUCCUCUGGUAAUGAGUAAAUGUCCCCUGAGGAGAGCGUGUUGGCCUGAUCCUGAGUCACAGAUGUGUGGAAUCAGCAGGUGGGAGGGGGUAUUAAAAGUGCAGAGGCAUCAUUAGAGAGGGGUUUUAAAAGCUUGGCUUCUCGGCCUGAAUACUUUGGAGGACCUCAGGCUUCCCGGCUGGCCCCUCCAUCAAUUCCACAAAGAACUUUCUAGGAAUACAUUACCAUAAUUAGCAAGUGCGGGGACAUUUAUCCUUUUUAUUUGACGCCUUUUGAGAUCUGAGUCAGUGACUUUAAACCUUCCGCUGCGUUUUAAAGGACUCACCUUGAUCCUAAAAACUGAUGGUGGUGUUUUUCCUAUGAGGAGGCUUUUGUUUUAUGAGGAACAAAGUCAACUUCAGUAAGACCUUGUUUAGCAUGUCAGCACCAGGUGCAGAUUAUUUUGAGCUUGUCAUGAUAUUUCAGCACAUUUGCACAGACACGGGCCACUCGCUGAGCGUCCCGCUUUAAAUAGGCCUGCGCUCCCAAAGUGGUUUAUGUCAAACUUCAGGACUUCAGCACGUUGCCCCUGAAGACUCCGAUGAAGAGUGGUGGUAGAUUACAGCCCGGUGGGAGUUAAUCACACAUUUUCUUGUCUAUUUAAAAUAAUCUUCUGAGAAACUUAAAGCUCCUGUGAGGAGUUUUUAGCCGGCUAUGAAACAGUCUGGAGUUAAUAUUUAUGUCUCUUAACAAACUAAAAAAGCAAUCAAGGCGGCUGCCAGGAAGACUAUUUCUAUAAAGCUUUAAAUGUCUGAAACCACAGGUGGGUGGGUGGGGAAGGGGGGCAGGGUGUCAAACCAAGUAAAUAACUGUCAUUGCUUUGUCCAGAGGGGGCGCCAGAUCAGGAAAAACUGCUCACAGGAGCUUUAAAUCAUGACUUUAACAAAGUAUGACCGUUAAUCCGCUUUGAUCUCGGGUUUGAGGGUGAAAGAAGCUCCUCAGGUCACGUUUCACUGCGUCUUGUAAAGUUGAAAGGACGCGUCACACUAUUAUUGCUCUCAGACCACGCCCCCUCUGUAGCUCAGCGGCACGUUAUCGCUCCUCUUGGCUCACACUAUCAUUGUCUGUGCUGCUGUCUGCUUCACACACACACACACACACACACACACAUGAUACAGCGAGGGGAAUAUCAGAGAAUCAGCAGGUGGACACGAUAAUAAUGUGAGUAUGAAUUCUUCAACUCUAAGAUGAAACUCUUUGAUAGUUGUGUUUUAAUGUCAGGAUGAAGAGACAAACUAACCUCAGCUUAAACUCUUAGGUUCACUUUUUUAUUAGAAUAUUUACUUUUCUGUGUGUUCAUGAAGUUUACAAACUUUUUUUCAUUCAUUCACCUGCUCCUAACUCUUAUCCGGUACCCGUCAGGAAAUAUUCUGAUACUCAAACCGUCUCUAACAGGUUUUAAGUUGGCGAACAUCGUCGUCGGACAGUUUGUCCUCUUUCUUCUUCUUUAUCUCUGUGAAAAGUGGAGCCGUUCCUUGAACCAUCCCCCCCUGUAGUGUAACAGUAAGCAACCGGUGACUCCGGUCUAUUCUGGACGGGCCGAGGAUGGAUGGAUUGUGUGAUGUAAGACUCUAUUUUGUUCCUGCGUUCCAGCAAACACUCAGCAGGGUAACGCUGUGCCCUCCUCAACUCUGGACCGGAUCCAGGGACUCUUUGUGUGUCCGCUUCUUUGUCCGGACCCGUCCCUGUAAACGAGGUGGAGGUAGAAAACUCUCAGCUUAAAGAAGGAGAUCUCUCAUUGUCAGCAGGGUUGUAUUUAUAGUGCGGACUGAUGGAAAAAGUAUGUUGGGGAUUUCAGAGAGAUAUUUCAUGAAGGCCUGAUGGGUUUAGGUAUGAAGAUGGGUGACGAAGGCGCGCUUUAACCUUUCAGUGGGAUGAUCUGCGAUGAAGAGGAAGCUUUUUUUGGUGACGGGCUGGAAUGAGGGACCGACUGACUCGCUGCCAUUGUCUGUUUACAGCCUGACACCACAGUCAGGAGCCGCCUCAGCUCAGAGCACCCAAUAACCCCGGGGAAGAAUUCACUGGUCUCCAGCCCGACCAUGUCUGCAGGUUGAAAUAACCUUCAGAAGAAGCUCAGGAAUGAGUCUCUGAGGGGCGUGUUCACUGGGAUGAUAUGACGAAGAAUUACUGUGCCAGGUUUUGACGAAGGUUGAGAUUGAAAAUAGAGACGGUUUGAUGCUGUUUUGUCGCGUCAUCAAAAACCUUUUGUUUGCUGUAAAGAGGUAACAUCAUCUCUUUUCUCUCCUCCUGUCAAACUUCGACUCUUUCAGACGCGUUGCUGGCAGACUUGGAGUCUACGACGUCCCACAUCUCAAAGCGGCCUGUGUUUCUGUCUGAUGAGACCCCCUACUCCAUCCCAACUGGAGGACACUCCUACCAGGAUGUGUCGGUCCCUCCUCCGGUCCCCCCUCCACCCUCAGCUGAGGCUCUGAACGGGUCCCUGGUAGAUCAGCCGGACUCCAUCCACUCCUCUCAGCAGGUAUGCAGAAUAAAAAGGAGGAAGCACAGCAGAAAAGAGAACAUAUCAUGUCAGAAGCUGCAGGGGGGUCUUCUGCUCCUAAGUUGAAGUUUUUACAGCAUGUCUGACUGAUCUGCACCCUCUGCAGUCUUUAGGUUCAGCCCAGAAGAGCUCCUGGUCCAGGGACAGCAGCAGCUCCCCGCUGUCUCACGUCGAAGAGGACCACGUCUACAGGCAUGUCGCAAAACACUGAAACGUUUUGAGCAAGAAUUUCAACAUUUGUCUUCCUCCUGCAGCGUCUCAUGAACCGACGCCUGUUUCUGUCUCCUCUUCAGUUUCCCUAACAAACAGAAAUCAUCCGACCCGUCGACAGCAGCCAUGACCUCCGCUCUGGGCAGUAACCUGUCAGAGCUCGACAGGCUGCUGCUGGAGCUGAACGCCGUGCAGCAGAGCUCCCCGUCGUUCCCCACCACAGGUAAACCCGCAGCCUUCGCCGUUUUUGUGUCGUCUGUCUGAGAUGAGCCGCGUUAACUUGACUCUCUGUGUCCACAGAGGAGGCGGCUCCACCCUUACCCUCCUGCAGCAUCACCCACUACGAGAACGGCGGCGCCCCUGACAUCAUGGUGAGCCCUCCCCCUCAGGAGAAACCCAAAAGGAACGGGACGAGACUGGAAGAGACACGACCGACCGUGGAGAGUCUGCUGGACGAGCUGGAGGGCACAGUGCCUUCACCCAGGUACGCUCAGAUCGGAUUUUCUGCGUUAGGUCAGACGAGCAGGCGGGAAUGUUUAUAAAUGUGUCCGUGUUUCUAUUUCAGGGUGUCGUGUCGUAGAUAAUGAUCCGUGUUUUCCACCAUGAUCUCAUCACCCUCAUAAAUGUCGUUAUCAUGAACAGUGCAUGAACAGUUUGCUUGUGAAAGGGUUAUCAGCUCAGUCUGUGGAAAAAUAAUGAAGUUGGCUCAUUGGAGUUCAGAUUAUAAGGAACCCCUGAGAUUUGAGCUGAAGAGUUUGUUGUUUUGGGAUGAGUGAGUCUCUGUGAUGCCAACUGUUUUACUGUUUGUGGCUGUUUGAGUCACACAGCUCUUCCUGAACUCAUUCUCCUUGUUUGAGAAAACACUUUAUGGAGCUCCAAGCAGGAAAAAAGUUUUAAAGUUUCAGAGGAAAAUGAACUUUUAUUGGAGUUUAAGUUUUCUGAAUCAGCAGAUACAGAAAAAGCUUUGAAGAAGAAAUAAAGAUGUUAGUAAAUGGAAAAUUACGAGGACUCGGCCAUUCUUGGUUGGUCUUUUUUCCUCUUUCUUUUACUUUAUUUUUCUACUAACAGAAAAAAAUCUGUCCAACUGGAGUAAAAUCACCAGAUUUGUGCAAAUUAUUGUUGAUUUUAGCUGCUUAAAGUCCAGUGUGAAGUUCCCACAGUUUGAGGUAGGGGUGUCCCGGUACAACGAUACCAAUAUUGUAGCUUCAGUAUUGGCCGAUACCGAUAUUGAUCCGAUAUUAGCACAAACUUGUUCAUGACAAGUUUUGCACUGAGCUGCAACGUCUUUUUUGGGGUUUAACGUAAAAAAUACUUCCACACGGCCGACAUCACUCCUACUCCGCAGUACUCUGUUAGUACCUUAGUACACACUGUUCUCUGGGUGCUGCUAGAUAGAAGUGCUGGAGCUGAGUCUGGAAUGGACUGCUUGUAUCGGAGGUUUUAGAUGUAGGUCAAUAUUUUAUUUAUUUAUUUAUUUAUUCAUUUGGAUCCCCAUUAGCUACUACCUAAGUAGCAGCUACUCUUCCUGGGAUCCACAAGAAGACAGUAAACAUUCGUACGGAUUGAAAUGAUAAAAGUCCGAACAGGAGAAUUAAACAAGAUGUUAAAAUCAUAACUUAAAAAAUAAUUAUGACGACGUUACAUUUACAAUUACAGUCGACACCAAUAAGGGUAAAGAUAAAUGUACCUGUAAUCAAAAUCCCAGCCUAGUCUGUGUGUUCUAUUUCUUGUUUCAGUGAGUCUGGGUCAUUAGAUAUCGGUAAACCUUCUUAACAUCGUAGCGGGACACCGUUAGUUUGAUGAUCUAGGUGGCCUUGUGAUCUGUCGACGUUGGUCUACUGUGUUUUAGGAAGUUCCAAGUCAACAAGUCAAAAUUGAAUUUUUGUUCGGCAUGUUGUGUUUUUUUCUAGCCCCUCCUCUCGUCACAGCGAUCUGGACGCGUCCUCUCAGCAGCAGGCCAGGAUGUCCGCCUCCUGCGCCACCAGAGAGCUGGACGAGCUGAUGGCGUCUCUGUCCGACUUUAAGGUACAAAGCUGCAGGACGGCGUCACCGCACCAUCAGAUCAUGAUCUUCGUUUUCUUGUUAACUUCUCUGUCCUCUUCUUCUCUUCCUGCUUUGACCUCUCUGACCUCCAGCCCACUUCUCUGGGUUCUCUGAUGGACCCCGCCGCGGUAUCUUCCAGCCCUCCUCAUCCUCCAGCGGUUUCUUCUGCCCUUCCUCUGUCUGAAUCUUCUGCCUCUCCUCUCUUCUCUCUGCCCGCCGGUUUUGAGCUGCACAUUGAUGAGGAUGGAGGAGACGGUGGCGCGUUGAUGCCCCACCUGAACCGUCUCCCUCCCCACAGUCCUGUGUCCUCACUGUCUGCAGCCAGUGACCCGGACCUGGACUCGGUCAUAGAUGUCUCUGCAGCCAUGCUCUGCUCUCAAACCAAGUCUCUCCUCGUCCUCGCUCAGUCUGCUUCAUCUAACUCCAACCUGAUUAGGAAUAGUCCAAGUCCUUCCAACACCACCACCACCCCCUCACUGACUUCUGUGAACACUGUGCUGGACCACAAGUCCUCCAAGUCUCCAAGUCCGUCCACAGACCGGGUCUCACCUUUCAGUAAACUAUCCUGUCCUCCUGAAAGCGCUCCUCCUUUCCAAGACCUGGAUUUGAAUCCCUCCUCUCCACCUCUGUCAAAAACCCUCACCCCUCCUCUCUCUUCUCCAAAGACUCCCUCCCCCCUCCCCGUCCCUGUCUCUCUAUCUCCACCCUCGUCUUUCCCCAAAACCUCCACGCCAUCUUCAGUCUCUCCGGUGAUACUCCCCUCUCUGGCCUGCACCAGCCCCAGCAGACAGCAGUGGGAGUCCACGCCUCCAGCCCAGAACAGCAGCCCCCUCUUUGCCCAGCAGCCCCCCGCGGCCGAGCCCUCCCUGGACGAGGCCCUGGACAAGCUGCUGGCCAUGAGUUUUGCACAAAACCACGUGGAGGAGCCGCAGCUGAAGAUGGAGGCUCAGUGUCUGGGCGGCGACAUGCAGGAGGCGCAGGAGGAGCUCAUCCUGCCCUUGGACAGAAACAGCGUGCAGCCCGACACCUUCGCCAGCGCCACCAACACCAUCACAGACGGCUCUGUGGACGGAGGCACCGACGGGAACGGAGACCUGGACUGGGCGGACGAGGAGCUGUCCAUGUCCUUUCAUGACGGAUUCGAUGGCACCAUGUCGCCGUACACCGAGAGGCCGUACACAGAUGGCAGCAUGACCCCGCUGACAGAGGCCAGCUGGAUGGAUGAGUCCAUGACCCCCUCCUCGUGCCCUGGGACCCCCGAUGUGGCCCUGGACCUUCCCCUGCUACAGACUCCCAAUAUAGACCGAGUGUCUGCAUCCGGACACGUAUGCAUCAUCGCCGCGCUCGCCUGAGCUUGUUUUGCACACGUUGUACUUUUUUUUUUUUGCACGUGCUGAUGAGACUGAUACUCUGACACCAGGCGGCUUCAGCUUUAGAGGUUUGUUCUCGUUAUUUUGGAAAGCUGAAACUUUUAGUUUAGACACAUGAUCUUUGUACGGAAGAGGAUAAGAGUCACAUGAAGAGAAAAAAUAAUUACAGGAAGGAGAUUAAAGUUAAAAUUUCAGGAUUGAUGUCGACAUUUUAAGAUUAAAAAUAUAUAAAUUAUGUCAAUGAAGUCGAAAUUUUGGGAUUAAAAUUUUUAAAUUUCGAGAUUAAAAAUUUAAAUUUCGAGAUUAAAGUGGAAAAUUACAAGAUUAGAAAUGUUGAGAAUAAUGACGAAAUUUUGUGAUUAAAAUCUUAAAAUUUCAACUUUUUUCACGUAAUUUAGAUUCUUUUAAAUCUUGAAUUUUUUUUUUUUUUCAUUUCGACUUUUUUAAAUUUCUACUUUUAAAAAUUUUGACUUUACUUUCAAAUUUAAUUUUAUUUUUAUGGCACUUUUCAGACAAAAAUGUAGUUUAAAGUGUCUCACAGAGGCUAAAAACAACAACAAAAACAACGGUUGUUUUAAGCCUCUUUAACCCGACCCUCCCACCCACACAAAGACACACACCUACCCUUACUCACUUAAAAAAAAACAGCUUCAUUUUUCAGCUUUGUGAAAUCACGUUAAACGACAGAAGGCUUCUUUAAGAACUGGAUCGGCACUUUCUAACCCGGAGUUUUGACUUUUGUGUGAUCGCACAUUUAAACCACAGCGCUCCUUAACCUGCUGCACCAGUUUUGUGUGAGGGACUCGAGUGCAGCGCGUGGUUCUUUGAGACUCUCGGGGAUCGGGUGCAUGCUCGUGUGCUACUAAACCCACUGACCGCUGCAUCCUGGUCUGUCGGUGAUGUGAAGAAGUUUUUAGCGCCACCAUGAGCCGCUCCUGAGCUCUGCUGUAACAUGUUUGGUGCUCACCCUUCCCUCGUAGAUAAAAUCAGUGAUUAGGCGCACUAAGGAGACUCCCAACGUUCACCCCAUGUAUCGAGACGGUCACCUGCGCAGGAAGAUGGGACCCAUCAUCGUGAACAAGAACACGUCUCAGGACCGCCUCAUCGAGGAGCUUCAGGGAAAGUUCGGGAUCGGCCGCUCAGAGCGACGGAAAAAGCAGUCAGAUGACUGGCUGACUGAAGGCGUUGUGGUCACGUCCAAACCCCAACGUUUCCGUCCUGAAGGGGUCAACAGUGAGGUGGAGAAGGUUGGCGGCACUGUGCUCUAAAUUUCCUCAAAUAUGAUCGUGUUCAUCUUCAGUUUUCCACAUUUUCUCCUCUCUGUCUCUGUUUCUGUUUCCCUUCUGCUCUUUUCUCUCCUUCUCUUCAGAUCAUAAUCCCCCCUGAGUCGCCCGUCCCUGUAAGGAAGGUGCUCCCACCUCAUUCUCCCCCCGCCCCUCGCCGCCCUCCUGUCGUAGAAGAGUCAAAGCAAUCCAUCCCAGUCCAGCAGCCUCCCAUCCCAACACCCCCACCUCUUCCCCCACCUCCCUCUGCUCGUCCACUGCUCCGCCACAUCCAGGAGCCCGUCCCUGCUGCACCCCGGCAGAUAGUCAAAUCCUCACCUCCACCUGCCCCAGUACAGCAACCUCCUGCCCCCAAACCAGAGCCCCCGCCCCCUGUUGUUAAAAUCCCAAUCCAGCCUCCUCCCCCAGAGCCAGUGACCCCUCCUAAAGUUCUGGUGUCUGUAGGCUGCCAAACAGAGUAUGACCCAGUCUUCCCUCCGAUGCAGGCAUGAACCCCCGUCUCCUGUCCCGUCAAACAAAAAAGUAAAAUACUCCGAAUAUGAGCCGCGAACACCAGACUGACUGACUUUCAUCCUUCUCACAUCCAGAUCAUGGCCCAAGGAAAAGGUCCAGGCGGUCCUCCCACACAGGUCAACAAACUGGACAACAUGCUCGGCAGCCUGCAGUCGGACCUGAACAAGCUGGGAGUGCAGACGGUGGCUAAAGGAGUCUGUGGAGCCUGCUGUAAGCCCAUCGUGGGUCAGGUGAGGCUCUGAAGCGGAUCAGAUCAGAUCUUUAGCAGAAAUUAAAGGUUUCACUCUGAAUCAGCUCUCCUCCUCUUCUCUCCCCCGUCUGUGUAGGUGGUGACCGCCAUGGGCCGCACAUGGCACCCUGAACACUUUGUGUGCACGCACUGUCAGGAGGAGAUCGGCUCCAGGAACUUCUUUGAGCGGGAAGGUCAGCCGUACUGUGAGAAAGAUUACCACAACCUGUUCUCCCCGAGGUGCCACUACUGCAACGGGCCCAUCCUGGAUGUGAGUGUCUGCUUUUUUCUUCCCCUUCCUGUUAAAAAAGAGAGACAGCCGAUAACAGAUGUUGUUGUUGUUGUUGUUCUGUGUGUUUAGAAAGUUGUGACAGCACUGGACAGGACCUGGCACCCUGAGCACUUCUUCUGCGCUCAGUGUGGAUCCUUCUUCGGCCCGGAGGGUACGAAACUUCGAUAAAACUACGAGAGUUUAGUCUAAAGUAGUUCAAGCUGCAGUCUCUGUUUUCUCCUCUAGAUUAAAACUGUUUUUAUUUUCUUUGAAGGUUUUCAUGAAAAGGAUGGAAAAGCGUACUGCAGGAAGGAUUACUUUGACAUGUUUGCACCAAAGUGUGGCGGCUGUGCCAGAGCCAUUUUGGAGAACUACAUCUCAGCGCUGAGCAGCCUCUGGCAUCCUGAGUGUUUUGUUUGCAGGGUCGGUAUCUUUUCUUCUCUUUCUUUUUGAACGCUCGGUGGUCAAAUCCACUUAUUUGACCACCAAGCUUAAUAUAUUAUUUCUUCUUGUUGUGGUUUUGAUUAUGGAGGAGAGCUGUUGGCACCUCCACUCCCUCCUGCUGUGACAGUUUUCAGCCACAUGCAGAUAAUGAACUUAGAGGAGGAAGAGAGGCGAACUUUCUUUUUAGUUCCUUGUGAAACAGAGUCCAUGUCUGUAGCAGCGGUUUCACCAUCUGUAAUGUAACUUCCCUCUCUAGGUCAGACUGCGUUAAAAACAGACAUGACUCUGCAGUAAAAAUCACUGCAUGGACUUUAAAUCAUUCCCAAAACACACGGUCUGUGAACGCAUCUCUUCAUCGCAUCUGAAAACGCAGGUUUUUCAGGAUUAUUCUGUAUAUUUUAGGAAUGGGCGAUAUGGGCUAAAAAAUUUAUCACAAUAAGAUUUGCCAUUCUGGCGAUAACCAUAAAAGUCCCAAUGAAAAAUAUUACAAUUCCAAUCUAUAUUUUUGACUCAAUUAGUCUUGAGAACACCAGUUAGAAUAGUCAAAUAAGGUACUUGACCACAAGUUUGAGUGGUAGUUUAUGGAGAUUAUCUGAACCCACAGACUGUAUAUACGGACAUUCUAGUUCCGCCUUCUGCAGUUAUACAGAUUUGAAGCCAAAAAGCUCUCGGUAAUUCCGCGUUUUCUCUCCAUUUCCUGAAACCAACAUUGCGCAGUAGCAUUGUGCGCAUUCGAAGGCAGAGUUGCUGUGAUGACACUCAGCUUAAACAGCGUAUCCCCCGGGUGAGCGACACAAUCUUUGCACGCCUGUAGGCUGCAUCAAGUGUCAGUCAUAGAAAAUAAGAACCCCAAAUAGCUUUUAAAAAUGGAACUGCACAGAAAAAAAGAAAAGAAAAACUAGAGAGUAUUGACUUAGUAGUUAUAAUGUAAUUACCAGAUAAUUUCAUGUUGUUACUAGGUAAUUACCUGUUAAUUACCUGGUAAUAAGUGUACAGUAAAAGAAAGCGUUACCAAAAACACAGCAGUGAUUCCUUUCUACAAUUUGAUGUUGUUGCUCGGCUCCCAUAUCACAGCAUUUUGUUUCCAUGGUGUUUAAUUUAAAUAUAAGAAAAACAAAAACUAAGGAUAAAAGCAAAGGAUCAUAGCAGCAUGGUAAGUAUUUUUGCAGCUUUCUAGAGUUCGAGUGGUAGUGGAAUAAAAACAAAUAAAUAAAAGUGAAUAUAAAAAGUUACAUGAUUACACGCACCUGAUUAUCAUGACCUUUUUUAAACUAAAGAUUCGCUGAGUCAUUGUUGGACAUCACCUUUUAACAUGUUUCCUUUCUGAGAAUGAGAGUAACGUCAUCCAUCUGUGUUAUUAUUUUUUUAACAGGAGUGCUUCACCCCGUUUGUGAAUGGAAGUUUCUUCGAGCACGACGGCCAGCCUUACUGUGAAGUGCACUACCAUGAGCGCCGGGGCUCCCUCUGCUCCGGCUGUCAGAAACCCAUCACAGGACGCUGCAUCACGGCCAUGUCGAAGAAGUUCCACCCGGAGCACUUUGUGUGCGCCUUCUGCCUGAAACAGCUGAACAAAGGAACCUUCAAAGAACAGAACGACAAACCCUACUGCCACGGCUGCUUCAUCAAACUGUUCAGUUAGAGCAGGUAACAGAGCAGGUAACAGAGCAGGCGUUAGCUCAGCGUUGAAUUUAGCACAGGUGGGGUGGGAACGGAGUUGAUUGAUUGAUUGAUUGAUUGAUUUAUUGGGUCGAAGAAGGUUGUCUGUGUCCUGAUGAUGACAUUGGAAGUGUGCGUGGAUCAGGUAUGUGUAUUUGGUUGAAGCAGCAAACUGUCUCUGCAAGACGUAAACACUUUCUACUGUCCUUGUAAAAUGUGUAAAACGGGCCCUGUUCUCAGACUGACAGGUGUGCUUUACUGAAGCCGUAACGUAAGCUCUAAGGCAUGAGUGGGACGAGUUUGGCGCAGAUCUUUUAAAGGACGAUGAAGCUCUGGAACUCAAGAUUAAUUAUGAAAUGAUUUGACAGUAACUUUACAACAUUUUUCCUGACGAACACUGGUUCAGAGAGGACUGUCUUUAACUCCCUGAAUUCUGUCGAGUGUUUUUCUCUCUAACUCUCACAACUUUGUCUUUUGAAAUCUGUUCAGUUCUUUUUUUUUUUUCCUUGUUAGAAGGUUGAGAAAUCUUCUGAACACUGUAGAAAUCCAGGAAGUAUUCUGCAUGUUUGACUUUGCUGCUCACUGGUUGAGCGUCACAUUUUGAGAACCAUAAAAGGAGUUUUUUAAAAAAGCAGGAGUCUUUCACAGGAGCGGGUGACCUGUUGACCUUUUUAACUCUGUGAUGAGUGUAAGAGGCGGUUAGACUUUCUUCAACUGCAUGAAGUUGGACAUGAAAUCACAGUGACAGAUACUGGAAAUAGGUGACGUCUAUGGUCACAAUUUAGUCCUAGUUUCUUUUGACUUUUGCAGAAAACACCGGUAUGUUUUAUGAUUUUAUUUGUUUCUUUUAGAUUUGUUUUAAAGCUGAUUAUCUUUUAUAAGUGAAUCAAUUUAACAGCAUUUCAAGUCAGAAUCUCUCACACACCUCGUUUGCAGCCAAAGGAAACUGUUUAUGGAUGAACGUUUACUGUGAUUGUUGAUCAAGUCCACUAUGAACCCAGACAACAUUAACAUAUCAAAAAAAAGACGUUUCUGCCGCCAAAUCAUUCCUCAUCUCCUCAGAGAAGAAAAGAAAACAAUCAGACGACGGUUUCUCGCAGUUUUCUCAUGAUUCACGUAAAGAUAUCGGGGGUUUGUUGUGUAACUCUGACACCAUCAUCACUGUGUGUGAGUUUAUUAUUCUGAGAGGUGUUUUGUAAAUAUCCGAUGCAGCUACGCGUGUUUAAUAACCACUCAUUCAAAGAGAGGGAGAGAGACGGCUGGAGGGACAGCAGAGCAAAGAUACUUUUUUUUAGUGUUAUUACUGUAUUAAGAAGCUGAUGAAUGUUUGAGAGAAAAAAAGAUGAACUAAUGGAAGAAGAUGCAUAAAUUUGCUGUGAUAUUUCAAACUUCUGCAUUUUAACGGCUUUACAUUUUCAGCAUCAGCAGGCCGCCCUCCUAAAAUCAGCUCCAUGUCGAGUAACACUGGCAAAUUCAGUCCAAAAGUAGUCCACGGUUUUCAUGUUUUUCUGAGUCCACUGAAAAAUCAAAUCCUGGAGGUCUGUGAGAAUAAAGGACAGGACUAAAGUGACCCUCAGCGUCUGAGUAGCAUCUACUGUAUUAGCACCAGGUGGGUCUGUAAGGGUUUUAGUUUGACAUGCAGCAGAUAAAUCAGGACUUUUGUCUUUUUCAGGGAAUUGUAGAGCCUUACUCUUUCACUCUAUUUAAGAAAUCAUGUAACAGCUGUUUAUUCAAAUCAAUCUAGUAGAGCGUUAUUUAACCAAAGCCAUACCUUUUUGAAUUGAUUUUGUUUCUGUUCAGUUUUUGUUUCUUUUCUUUUUGAAUGUCAGCAGUGAUAAGAGUGAGACUCCUCACCUCUAGUCUGAUUAUGACAAUAAAUUCUGUUUUGGUAUCAAAA